AUGGCUCCUCGUGCAAGGGAACAAGACAAGGAAGCCACCGUCUAUAUUGGCAAUAUCGAUGAGCGCGUGACUGAUAGCUUAGUAUGGGAAUUGAUGUUACAAGCUGGUCGUAUUGUCAAUGUACAUCUACCCAAAGAUCGCGUCACUCAAAAUCAUCAGGGUUAUGGAUUUGUGGAAUUUAUAUCAGAGGAGGAUGCUGAAUAUGCAGCGCGCAUCAUGAAUCAAGUGAGGUUAUUCGGGAAACCAAUUCGUGUUAACAAGGCCUCUGCCGAUAAACAAAAAACUGUCGAAGUUGGCGCCGAGCUCUUCAUUGGUAAUCUUGACCCUAUGGUUGAUGAAAAGACUCUAUACGAUACCUUCUCUCGCUUUGGAUCCCUCAUUUCUCCUCCCAAAAUUGCUCGCGACGAAUCAUCCCUCUCUAAAGGUUAUGGUUUCGUUUCAUAUGCGAACUUCGAAGCUUCCGAUGAUGCUAUCGCAAACAUGAAUGGUCAAUACCUAAUGAAUAAAGAUAUCUCGGUACAAUAUGCAUACAAGAAAGAUGGUAAAGGAGAAAGACACGGAGAUGCAGCUGAGAGAGCAUUGGCGGCUCAAGCAAAGAAGCACAAUGUUAUUCCAGAUUUACAAAAUAUGCCACCAGGGUUAUUGUUGGGUAUGAAUGGAAUUCCACAAGCACCAGCAGCCAUGUUAAAUGAAUCCCCGAUACCUGCCGCACCUCCAGGAUUCCCACCUCAACGGCCAUCUUACAAUUCCGUUCCUCCUCCAGGCGGCCCACGCGGCGCACCAGCAGGACCAACCCAACACCUCCCACCCCCUCCAUCUGGUCUUCCUCAACGACCACCUCCAUCACACGCCGGCUACGGUGGCCCUCAAAUGGAUUUCCACAAUCAACAUGCUCCACCCACUGGCCCAAGUGGUGCAUAUGGUCAUCCUGCAAGUGGGCCUGCACGAGGAGUACAAUUUCCACCUGGAUUUGCGCCACCUGGGGUUAUGCAAGCUCCUCUACCAGGAGGAAUGGUUCCUCCGCCGGGAAUUUUGGGUAUGCAGGCACCUCCUGGAUUUGGUGGACAACAGGGGAUGCCGAUGGGUAUGCCGCCGACGGGACCGCAAGGUCAUGGAGGACAGCCAGGGUAUGGAAGGAGGUGA